UUCUCAUUUUUAAAAUAUUUAUAAAAAAUAAAAUUAUGAACCCAUCAGAGCCCAUUGCCGGUUUUGAACAGAUUGAUGUCUCUAAAUCCUUGGAAGGCACCAGAACAACAUCCAUCACCACCACCACAACCUCCUCCACUUCCCUCCCUCCCCUCAAAACAACUUCUACUUCCAACCCCUCCAUUUUCACAACAAAAAUUAAAAUUUUAAUUUUAUUGGCCCUCGCCUUUUUUUCAUUAAUUUUGGCAACAAUUAUUUUGUUUUUGUCUUCUUCACACUCCGAAAAUCAAAAAGAAUUCCCCUUUAAUUUAAACAAAACAUCAGAAGAAUUUAAAGAUUUAUUAUCAAUUAAUAAAUUAAUUGACCGAAGCAAUUAUGACCCCAGUGAAAAAUCAAAGCUUCCUAUUGCUAGUCAUCCUAUUAUGUUUAAUGAAACGGGUUGGUCGAGCUAUAGGCCACAACUAUAUUUUGGUUUAAAAAAUCGACGUCCAGAUUCCCCAUUAUUUGGAGUUAUGUGGUACCGUCAAAAAUUAGCUACAAAACCUGAAGAUAUUGUUUUGAGAAAUUGGGCAAAACACGAGGAUGAUGUUGUAUUUAUGUGGAACCAACAUGACGGUCGUUCUUUUGGUUCCCAAAAAUUAAUUGAUGGAGAAUACAAUAUCCGAACUGAUUUUCUAAAUUUCAAAUCCUCUUCUUGGAUGGCCAGAUUUUAUUUAACAAAUAAUUCAACAACAAAAGAAUGGCCCCAACAACUGGCAUUUAUUCUCUAUUUUGCCGUUCAGGACCCAAUUUCAACACUUCAAAUGACUUCAAUACACCCUACAAAAAGUGGAGAAAUUAAUUUACUUAAAGGAAAGUGUGAUGCAGUCAACGGAGAAUUUUAUUUAAAAGUUAAACCAAUUUCUGGGAGCGGGUCGAAAAUAUCUGCUACAGCAAUUAAAUCAGAACCUUUCCCCGAUAUGGCUAAAACUAGUGAAAUGGUUAAAGAAAAGUUGCAUAAACAAUUGGAUGGAAAUUUUGCGUUUGAUAUUGUUCAGAAUAUUGAUGAGAAUAAUCCGAAUAUUAUUGCUUUACAGAUUAGUGCUAAAGAAGAUACAGCUUUUGAAGUCCUUUUCCAUUCCGUAAAUGAUGGAACACCCCCAAGCUUUACUGACGUAUUUAGAGAGAAGGAAGAGGCUUUUCGUUCAAACUUUAGCCGUGCUUUUCCAAUUGCUAAGAAUUACUCAGCAAUUUAUCACAAAAUGGGACACGCAGCCCUUUCAAAUUUACUUGGAGGGAUUGGUGUUUGGCACGGAAGUUGUAAAAUGCGUUCGCAUUUAUUCACACCUCCCGACUCUGUCAAGCCUUACGGACCUUUAUCUUUAAUGUCUGCUGUGCCUUCACGUACAGGAUUUCCUCGAGGGUUUAUUUGGGAUGAGGGUUUCCACAAUAUGUUAAUUCACAAAUUCGACCCCCUCCUCACAGUCCAAAUUAUUGGUUCCUAUUUGGACAUGAUGAAUAUUGAUGGUUGGAUGCCUAGAGAAAUAGCUAUUGGCUCUGAAGCUGAAGCACGCAUUCCAGGCACUUUUCUAGUUCAAGAAGAUUGGGUUGCUAACCCUCCAAUGUUUUUCUAUUUGAUGAGGGACUUUAUUUCUGAUAAAGAGCUAUUCCAUCGUUACGGCCCUGAAUUGAAAAGAAUGUAUCCUAGAAUGAAACAGCUUUAUUUGUGGCUCAGGAACAGUCAAGCUGGACCAAAACCUGGCACUUUUCGUUGGCACGAUAGAAAUGCAACUACAAAUAUGGAAUUAAAUCCGUGUUCAUUAGCCAGCGGUUUUGACGACUUCCCCAGGGCCACACACCCAACAGAAAAAGAAUAUCAUGUAGAUUUACGUUGUUGGAUGGCUAUGAGUUCUUCCGUGUUGGUUGAUUUAGCUAGACAAUUUGGGGAUGAAGAAUUCUUACCGGCAAUUGAAAGAGAAUCUGAAACACUUAAUGAUGUUGAGAGUUUGGAUAAAUUGCAUUGGUCUGAGGAUAAACAACAAUAUUGUGAUUAUGGGUUACACAGUGACUCUGUUAAAUUAGUACCAGAAACAACACCAGAAGGAGACACUAUUUUAGUACGUAAAGUGCUUAAAGAACCUCAAUACAAAUUUGUUGAAAAUGUAAAUGGAUAUAGUAAUUUGUUUCCUCUAUUUAUGCGUAUUUUGCCUGCAAAUUCACCACAUAUUGGCCCUUUACUUAAACAAAUGAGAGACCCUGAGCAAUUUUGGACAGAUUUUGGAUUACGUUCAAUAUCCACACUUUCACCUUAUUACUUUACUUGGAAUUCUAAAUCAGGGUCGCCUUAUUGGAGAGGGCCUGUUUGGAUCAAUAUGAAUUAUUUUGCGAUCGCAGCUCUAAAACAUUAUUCGCUGAUUGACGGCCCUUUUAAGGAGGAAGCUGGUCGUUUACAUUUUGAAUUGCGUGACAAUUUGUUGAAGAAUGUAGCGAUGCAGUACGAAAAAACUGGAUUUUUGUGGGAGACAUAUAAUGAUAAAAAUGGGCAAGGAGAAGGCAAUCAUCCUUUUACGGGCUGGACAACUUUAAUAUUAAAGAUUUUAUCAAAUACUUAUUAA